GUAGCCAUUCACUUUAUGGAUCUAAGCGGCUCUAAAUACAUGUGGAUAAUGUUUUGGAAUUCUUAAUCAUUAGGAUUUUUUAAUUGUAGCGAUGUCUGAUGGUUUUAAGAUCAACAAAGCCUAUGCAGAUAGGUACAACAACUGGCGACAGAAGGAAGAGCUACAAAAAUUGAAAGACAAGUAUGGGGAUGAAGGAGACAGUGGCUCUUCUUCCUCGGAGACAGAAGAUGACGAUGCAGAGGCUCUUACUGAUGAAUUGGAGAGGGAUUGGCUUCGAACGCUGGCUGCACUAAAGAGCAAAGAUCCAAAAAUCUAUCAAAAAGACUUCAGAUUUUUUAAUGAUGAAAAAGAAACAGUCGAUGAGGAAAAAGAAGAGAAGUCAAAGACCAAAAAAGACAAGGAUAAACCUAUGUACCUGAAAGAUUAUGAGAGAAAGAUUCUUUUAGAGAAAGGAGGUAUUAUCGAUGAGACAGAGCAGAAGCCCAGUACCUCUGGGAUAGGUUACCAAGAGGAGCAGGAGAUGUUGAGGAAAAGUGUGGUGGCAGCAGCGGGUGACUUGAGUGAUGAGUCUGACUCUGAAGGCUCCCUGAAGCUGCUGAAGCCUCGAGAGAAGACUAGAGCUGAGAAACAGAGGGAGGAGGCCGACUAUCUGGAGUGGCUCAAGGGGCAGAGUGAAGGGUUAGGGGUCGAGAAGCAGGUCGGAGUCGAGCUGGAGCCAUUGAAGAACUACUGGCAGAGGAAAGACCUCGAUGACGGGGAAAAGUUCCUAAAGAACUAUAUCCUCAACAAGCAGUACAUUGACAAGGAUGGUGAAGGGAUGCCUACCUAUGAUGAGAUAGUGAAUGAUGAUGAUGAGGACCUUUCUGAAGAGGAAGAACUGCUGGUCAAGCAGGCAGACUUCGAGAGGAAGUACAACUUUAGGUUCGAGGAACCAGAUGCAGCCGAGAUCAAGUCGUACCCUAGAGACAUGGAGGACACAGUUAGAAGGAAGGAUACAAAGAGGGCUGAAAAACGCAAGGCCACGCAGGAGCGGAAGAAACUUGAGAAGGAGAGAAAACGAGACGAUUUGAAACAGCUGAAGAAGUUGAAACGUCAGGAAAUCAUGUCCAAGAUUGAUAAGCUGCGAGCAAUUACAGGGAACAAAGCCAUGGCUUUCGAUGAACAAGAACUAGAAGGCGAAUUUGAUCCGGCAAAACAUGAUGAGAUGAUGCAGAAAUAUUUUGAUGACCAGUACUAUGGUGGUGCAGAGGAGGAAGUCAAGCCAGAAGUCAACAUUUCUGAUGAUGAGUAUGACACAGAGAAAUGGGAUGAUUGGGGUCAGGAUGACCCCGAGGUGGGUGUGGCAGGGGAAUACGAAGGGGGCAGGGCAUUGGAAGAACCCAACGUUGAAGACCCAGAUUUCUGUAUGGAUGCUGACUAUGACCCUGUGGCUGACAUGCAGAGGAAGCAGGAUAAGAAGAACAAGAAGAAGAAACACAAACUGGCUCAGGCACUUAAUACAAAGAAACCUGUGUUUGAUCCAAAGGAGAGGACGUUUGAAGAGUACUUUGACGAGUACUACAAGCUGGAUUAUGAGGACAUCAUUGAUGACAUGCCGUGCAGAUUUAAGUACAGGAAGGUCACACCCAACUCAUUUGGUCUCACUGUCGACGAGAUCUUGAAAGCACGUGACAAGGAAUUGAAUGCCUGGGCCUCUGUGAAGAAGAUGAGUCAAUACAGGACUGAAGACGAGGAGCUUGCAGACAUUCGAUCUUUCACAGCAAAAGGCAGGAACGAAAACAAGAAGAAGCACAUCCUCACAAGCGUGUUUCAAACGGAAGAAGAAAAACAGGAAGAGGUGAAGGCAAAAGAUUCCUUAGCAGCUGAAGCAUCUGGCAGCAAGAAAAAGAAGAAAAAGAAAGGGAAAAAGAAGAAGCAAGAUAUUGGUGAUGAGACACAUCUUGUUGUAGGUGUAACUAAUGAUGAAGAAUCAGGUUCUGUGACGGAUAAAGAUACAGGAUCUUUGGAAAACAGUGUGUCACAGUCUGUCAAAAAGAAGAAAGAGAAACAUGGUGCCAUCGUUGAUUACUCUGAAAAUGCUGGGACAGAAGAGGAUGGUGCUAAGGUAAACGACAGAGAAAUUAGUACAAAGAAAAAGAAGAAAAAGAAAGAGAAGGACUUUGAAAGGGAAUCGGUUGAUAAUGUUUCAAAACUUGAAAAGAAAGAAAAAACUGAAAUAGUUGAUAAUGUUGACAAGCAUAUACAAAAAGAAAAAAGAGAAUUGGUCCAAAAUAUUGAAAACCUAAUUAAGGAAGACAAAAAUGAGUCAAUUGAAAAUGUUAAAAAGCAUAAACACAAAAGAAAAAGAGAAUUAGUUGAAAAUGUUGAAAAACAUAUUAGGAAAGAAAACAGCGAAUCGAUUGAACAUUUUGACACACAUAAACAGAAUAAAAAAAGUGAGUCAGUUGACAAUGUUGAAAAGCAUAAAAAUAAAGAAAAGGAUCUGUCAGUUAUUGAAGCAACUGAAGGCCAAAAGGAUAAAGCAGGGAAGAAAAGGAAGUUUGAAGAAAUGGCUGGUAAUGGAAAGGAAAAACUUUCAAGACGACAGAGGAAAAAUAAGAAACGGAAAUUGGCUGAUAGUCAAGCAAAAGAAAUGAAGCUAGUUGCUAAUAAACCAGAAGGUGAAAGUGUGAAAAUGCCAGUUGAAAGUGUAUCUGAUAAGAAAAAAGGUGAAGGGCAUAAAUCAUUAAAGAAAAAGAAAAAUAAGCAGUGGGGACCGGAAGGGAAGAAGCCACAAAUGUCUGAAGAGAGGUUGAAAGCUUAUGGUAUCAAUCCUAAGAAAUUUAAGUACAUGAAAAGAGAGGAAAUGUUUCAGGUGAAACCAAGAAAGGAAAAGAACUUUAAGCAAAAUUAAGAAGCGUUUUAAUCUUAUAGCAAUAUGUGUUUAAAAGACGCCUUUAGUAAAAAAUAAACAGCAGUCAGAAACAAAGUGUGUGAAAUUUUGUCGAAGAUUAGUGGUUUCACGCGUUGGUCUCCUAUAUCAGUAGUUUAACUCAUUAAAAAAUUUUCAUCUUCAUUUGGGAAUAGGGAAAACAUUCUGGUCGUUGAAACAAUGUUUGGUUGUUGAAAACAAAAUGUGUUCGUACACUAUUUUGAUAGUGAGAUGUUUUAAUAUAAGCUUAUUAACAUUA